ACAAUUGUCAAGCAGUAAAUUAAUUUAUAAAAAAAUUACAAGCGUAAAAUUGUCAAUAGAUCAAAAUUGUUCAAAAACUUCGAUAAAUAACAUUGUCAAAUUCCAGUGUGAUAAGUUUCAAAAAUAAUGAACAUAAAAAUUUAGCCUUGGAAAAAUUUAGCCAAGUUGACGACUAAGUCCCAAAUUCUUACUGGAAUUCAAAAUAGAUAUAAGCCGAUUAUUCAGGCAGUUUGAAUUCGAGUAAAUUUUAAUUAAUCUAAAAUUUUGGUUGAAUAAAACGCUGCUGUGAUAUUAAUAACUAAGCGACCAAAAUUAAAUAAAAUUAUUUAUCGAAGUCAAGUUAGGGACCGGGAAAAUUGAUUCCCAGGAAGUCAUGUUGAAAAAAGUAUUUAAGAAUUUUAAAAAUGAUUGUUAAUUAGAGUCAAGAGUGUGUUUGGAUGAAAUUAUUAUAUUGUGUGUGUGUGUGUGUGUGUGUGAAAAAUUAAAUUUACAUUAUAUACUCCUCGUUCACGGGCUGUCGAGGAGGUUAGUAUUAGCAGGUUGUCGACUAGUGUCAUGGUAUCCUCCUCUGUCCUAGUCGACUUCAGGUUCCUUAGUCCCGUAGUGAGGGUCCGGGCGACAGCGAAAGGGCUAAGGACGGUUUGAACCUUGGGCAGGGGUCCGGGCGACCACCCAAGGUCAAAUCUAGAGUCUUAGAGCGUGAGGGUCCUGUGGACAGCGCGACUUAGGUAGAAACUGCGGUAUAGACGCUCCAUAUGAGGGUACCGUCAGGAAUAAGCAACUAUGAUAGAAACUAUGAUAUAGACGCUCCUUAUGAGGGUAUCGUAGGAAUAAGAAACUAUGAUAGAAACUACAGUAUAGACGCUCCUUCAGAGGGUACUGUUAGGAUUAAGAAAAUUUUUCGGGUAUGUGAGUGUGUGUGAGAAUUAAAAUAGAGUUUAAUUAUGUAAAAUUAAGAAAAUAAAUUCAUGAUCAAUGUCAAAUCUACUUGUUAUUAUUUAUGUCAAAUUUUUAUGAUUUCUCUCGACCCUGUGAUAUCUCUCUUGCUUGGACCGGUUCUGGAAACCGUGAUAAAAAUUCCAGUGGCGCCCUUAAUUAUUAAAUUUAAAUAAAGGGGUGACCAAGGGACGGUACUAACCCGUUACAAGUUAUAUUUUAUCAUUAAGACUAAAAUUUACUGAAAGUAGCAUAAAUAUUUUUCUUUAAAAAGAAUAAUUAGCAUAGAUAUUAUGAUUAUACUCUAUAUUACCAUAAAUGCUGAGUGGUACUAGUGGUACAUGUGAACGGGGUGAUAGUAACUGACAAUAAAUAAUUAAAAAGAAAUAAAAAUGUCUCGAAGAAAAGUCGAUCCUGGUUUCAGUGAAACUCGAUCCGAUAAUCUACCUCGUGUUGAUGCUUUUAUGGUCGCAUCUUACUUAGCUACUAACUUCAAUUUUGUAUCUGCAGAAAUGCAAGGCGCAAAAGCUAACCUAUCCGGAAGACAGUCGUAUGGAGAUGCUGCUAUUGAAUUUGUUCAACUAAAACUUCAUGGGCCAGGAUGUACUCUCAAAUGUCUUAUUUGUCCUGAGCACAGAGUACACAAUAAAUCAUAUCGAGUGACUCUUGUUUUAAAUAUUGUUGAGGAAGAGAUUUUAUCGAUUCAAUGUCAUGAUUGUGCCGCAUCGUCAGGUGGAUGCAAGCAUGCGAUUGCUUUUAUAAUGUGGCUACACAGAAGAUCUGAAGAACCAUCACCGACGGAUAUUGAAUGUUAUUGGCGAAAAUCAGUUCUAUCUCAAGUUGGAUCAUCAAUAAAAUUCAUUAUGGUAAAAGAUUUUGCCAGUACUAAAGAAUCGAUUGCUUUGAAUAAACCUUUUAAUGCAUUAGAAGAAUUUGUAAAAAGAACAAAUCAAAAAACUGUACAGAGUCAAAUUUUAAAAUACUUCAAUGAUGUAAAUAACGAGCAAAGUCUUUCGAUUCAUAAUUUAUUAGUAAAUUUCAUUAAUGAAGGAGGAACAUCUUAUGAUGAAUUUUUAACAUUCAGCAGAAGUCGAAUGUCAAAAGAUUUGUGUGAGCGAAUUGAAAAAAUGACUCAAGAUCAAGCAAACUGUGAGCUCUGGUUUACAUUGCGCUACGGACGAGUUACUGCAUCAAAGGCAUAUGAAGCAUCACGUUGUAAUACACCGAAUGGAAUUUUAGUGGAGUUGUUGGUCGGUGGUAAAAAAUUGCGGAAUACAAAAGCUAUGGAACGAGGCAAAAAAUUAGAAGCAAUGGUUUUACAACAAGUUGAACAGAAGAUGAAAAAAAAGUUUAAUAAAUGUGGUUUAUUUUUAUCUGAAAAAUAUCCUUAUCUAGGAGCUUCGCCUGAUGCUAUUGACGACGAAUUUGUUAUUGAAAUUAAAUGCCCAACGUCAGAUAAAAGUGCUCGUACAUAUAUUGAUACUAAUAAUUACGAUAAAGUAGCAAUGAAGUACAUAACGCAAAUGCAAAUGCAAAUGCUUUUUGCCGGAAGAAAAAAAGCGAUGUUUGUUGUUGCAGACCCGAACUUCGAACAUACAAAAGCAUUUAAAUCUAUUAUUAUUAAUUACGAAUCACAAUUAAUUAAUAAAUUAUUGGAAGAUUUGAGUAAAUUUUGGGAGAAAUGUAUUUUUAAACGAUUAUUUAAUUCUUUAUACAAAACAGAGCAAUAAAAUAAUUAAGAUCAAAAACGUAUUAUUUUAA